AUGCACUACUCCACCAACAUAAAGUGCGAGGCUGCCGCUCAACAGCAACCUGUCUGUUACUUCUCAAUCACACCGGUCGUAUACAGCAAAGCCUCUGAGCACUUCUCCGUCGAGACACCAGCCUGUUCGCCAACUACCGCUGCCUUCGAUCCUGAGACACCGUCCGAGCCAAGCAACCCAUUACUAGCCUUACGACUUCCACCUCCAACCCUCCUCACCGGCAGCAACAUGGACGCCUCGAAGCUCAUGUCUUUGCAAACAACCGCUGCUUUUUCACCAAAUCGGCCAAAGCCCCGCCCAAUCCAAGACGUGCUUGUCCUUGGAGAAAGCGACUCUUCUGAGUCCUCCACCACGAACUACUCGUCCGACUCCUCGUCUUCAACACCAGCUAACCCCAUCACACGCUGCUCGCGCUGCCACCGGAGCAGCAGCUUGGGUUCCUCGUCUUCGACAAACAGCGGCAUGAUCAGCUUCGGCCCCAACUCGUACUACUGCCAACGCUGCGCGACUAUUGUCGGGUAUCUACGUUGA